GACAAAACGCGUCGUUUCCUCAUAUAACUCAGUCCGCUCUGCACACACGAACUGAAGGUGCGUUUGAUUGUCUUUGAUGAUUAAUCACAGGACUUGCAGAGAAGACAAAUAGAAAUGAUAAAUGUAGAAAUGAAGAAGAAGAUUGUUUAUAAAACGUGACAAAACACUGAUCUUAAAGUUGAAGGUUGGAAACUCUGUCAGUAGUUACUGCGGCUCCCACCUUCAGUCCUCUCGACCUACUCGGUCCUUUACCCACACGUUUUCAUCGAGACAAGAUGAAACAUUUAUUUUUGUUUCUUCUCUUAUGUCACGUUUCAUCAGCAGUCAAACACUCCCUGAAGUAUUUCUACACUGUGUCUUCUGGACUCCCAAACUUCCCGGAGUUUGUGGCCGUCGGUUCUGUUGAUGAUGUUCUGAUGGCUUCCUGUGACUCCGACAGAACGACACCAGAAGCAAAACAGGACUGGAUGAAACAGUUAUUCCAAAUUGAUCCUCACCAUUUUGAGAUGUACAACCAGGACUGUUUGAUAAAUAUGCCCAACUUCUUUAAAGCCACGUUUCAUACGUUGACGCAGCGCUUCAACCAAAGUGGAGGUGUCCAUGUUUUACAGGUCAUGAGUGGCUGUGAGUGGGAUGAUGAGACUGGAGAGAUUAAUGGAUUUGACCAGUUUGCUCAUGAUGGAGAAGACUUGAUAUCAUUUGACCUGAAGACGUUGACGUGGGUCGCUCUAAAACCACAAGCUGUCAUCAUCAAACUGAGCUGGGAUGCUGAUAAAGCAAGAAUAAAAAACAUUGAGAUACGCCUCACUCAGAUGUGCCCUCAGUGGUUGAAGACGUAUUUGGCUUAUGGCAACAGCUCUCUGCUGAGAACAGAUCUUCCCUCAGUGUCUCUCCUCCAGAAGACUCCCUCCUCUCCAGUCAGCUGCCACGCUACAGGUUUCUACCCUGAGAGAGCCACACUCAGCUGGAGGAAAGAUGGAGAGGAGCUUCAUGAGGACGUGGAGCUCGGAGAGAUCCUCCCCAACCACGAUGGAACCUUCCAGAUGAGUGCUGAGCUGAAGCUUUCAUCAGUCACACCUGAAGACUGGAGCAGGUACACCUGUGUGUUUCAGCUCUCAGGUGUGAAGGAGGAGAUCGUCACCAAACUGGACAAAGCAGACAUCAGGACCAAUGAAGUGAAGCUCACUGACACGACACUCAGCAUCAGCAUCAUCAUCAUCAUCAUCGUUUCUGUGGUCGUUCUUCUUCUCGUCCUCAUCGCUGCCAUUGGAGUUGUGGCUUACAAAAUGAGGAACACACAAUGGAGUCAGCCUAACAAGAAGACUCCAGUCGACACGUCUGCUCGAGAAAGAUUGACGAGAACAUCAGAGUCAGAGACUUCUUCUACUGGUUCUUCUAUCAGUAGUGUAGGCAGCGACACACCACUGGUCACAGCAUCAUGAAUUUCUGCAGAUCAGAAGCACAAAGAAGGAAGAGUCCACUGCUGAUGAAGAUGAUGAUGAUGAAGAGAACAGACAGUCUGUAGAAAUCUGCAGUGAGAGUUGACUCAAGAUACAUAAGAACACCAAAUCAAUAUCUUUUAUAUCAUUUUAAAUGAAUUAUCUUUGUUUGUUGAACUGUUGAGGAAUUUAAACAUCUCACCUUGACGUCUUAGAAACUGAAAUGAAUAUAUUUCACUAUUUCCUUCUGUUUACAGACAAAAACAAUGAACUGAUUGAGAGAUUAAUCAAUAAUGAAAAUAAUCUUUAGCAGCAGCCCUAAUAAAGAAUCAGAAUCAUCAGAAUCAAGUCCAUUUAAAUUAAUAUUUUUCAUUACUGAGAAUGAAAUUGAAAUAUUGUGAGGAAAAUAUUACAACAUUCUGAGGACAAAGAUUAAAAUUUUUAAGAAUUAAGUGGAAAAUUUAGGAGAAAAAAGUUUUUCCUAUCAAAUAUUUAGUGUCUGUUGAGUAAAUAUGGACACUCAGGCCCGUGUUAUGCCAUCAUCCCAGUCCAAUUCUCCACACAACCUUUUUCUUAUGAUAAACUAACUUUAUUCUCAUUACAUCAUCACUCUUCCUCAUGUAAUGUUAAAGCUUUAUUCUUUUUAUUCUUUAUUCUUCAGGGGCAGUUUGAGUGUAUAUAAAGUAUUUACGGGGCAAAGGGCUUUGGAUGUUCAUUUUUAUUUAACAGGUUGGUAUAAAAUGAGGUGUUUGAGCCAAGUUUAUUAAUUAGUACAUAAUGUGAUUUUGAAUAAAUUCACAGCACUUUUCUAUGUUAAGCUUUUGUUACAUGAUUGAAUGUUAAACUGAAUGUGCACAGACACACACUACUGAGUGAUUAAAAGUUAAAUUUUGUAUGUAAACAAAAUAAAACAGUAAAAUAAAGCCCCACAUGUCUCACUGUCUUCUUAAAGAUGAGCUGAUUUUACUUUGACUUUCAUAAAUAACCUCAGUGGGUCACUUUUACAGAAUUAUAAGUGACGUGUUGCUCAGGCUGAAUUCCCACUGGCUCAGCAGUCAAUGGGAAUGUGGCCUUGAGGAAGAAGCAAAGUGAAUCUGUCUCUGGACAAAGUCAUGGAAGUUUGUUAGAUCUUUCUUAUGGGUCCCAGCGAUGGAGGCUGCAGUCACAAAUAUGUUUCCUGUGUAAAGCAGGUGUUGUAUGCUGGACGUGGAUGGUGGUGCUGAUGCUGGUGUUGGAUGAUGUGAAGGUGCUGAAACAGAUCUCCGCUGACACCGUCUUGCUUGCAUAAAAAGGUUUAUUACAAAGCAACCCAGCAUCAGUUACAUGCACGUGAGUGGAUCCAGGCCAAUAGAAUUCCACUGCCGAAUCAUCUCCAACCUUCUGCUCAUAUCGGUUGGUUGUUUACGUGAAUAAGAGAUAAAACGUCUGUGAAUCAUCAAUGACCUCAAGGUUAUGUUGCUUCAGAAAGAGGGGGAAAUGGACCUUCUUCCCAUGUCGCAUAGACCCUUGAACCUAAGACCCCUGAACCUAAGACCCCUGAACCUAAGACCCCUCUCUCGCCAUGCUGACCUGCAGACACCACACAGGUAAAAGAGAAGCAAUGAGGACUCGGUGCGUCUCGUUUCCCUCCAGACCAUGUGUGUCAAACUCAAGGCCCGCGAGCCAGGACCGGCCCGCAGUGGAUUACCUUUGGCCCACAUGAUAAUUUCUAAUUAUUAUUAGACCUGGCCAGCCGGUACGUUGUCCACACCAUUAGAACUGCAAGUCCCACAAUGCACUGCUCAGCGCGUCAAUCAAAGGCCCUCUGUCUGUGCGUAACAGAGGAGCUUUGGGGAUCAGAAGAAAAUGUGUUAACGUAAAAUUACUGUGGAAACACUGCAUAAAGAGCCAUAAGAAAUGAAUGCAUCAAGUUUACAUUUAUUUCAUGAUUGAUGUUGUUCUAUAGGAAAUAACUUCUGUGCAGAAUUCAGGUUCAAUCAAUAAAGUCAUUUCAGUUUGUUUUCAAUAAACACUGAACCAGUCGGG